UUUAAGAAAUAAAGGAAGGGGAACAAGAGCAGAAGCUUCUCUCUCAGAAUAAAUCACAAAGAACAAGAUUCUUUAAUUUCUUUAAAGCCCUUACGAAUCUUAAAGGUUGUUACUUGCUUUCCUCGGUUAAAAAGAGGAAAGAUGUUGUGUAGAAUGGUGGUGGUGACCGGCGGCCGGAAGAAGAAAGCCGGUUCGGUUCCGGUUUAUCUGAAUGUAUACGACCUCACACCCAUCAAUGGCUACGCUUACUGGUUAGGUCUUGGCGUCUACCACUCUGGUGUUGAAGUUCACGGGGUUGAGUACGGUUUCGGAGCUCACGAGCAUUCGACAACAGGGAUCUUCGAGGUGGAACCGAAGCAGUGUCCAGGUUUCACGUUCAGGAAGUCUAUUUUGAUUGGGAGAACAGAUUUGGAUCCAGAGAAAGUCCGUGCCUUUAUGGAGAAGCUUGCUGAAGACUACAGCGGAAACACUUACCAUCUCAUUACAAAGAACUGUAAUCACUUUUGCAACGACGUUUGUGUUCAGCUGACAAGGAGAUCUAUCCCUAGUUGGGUUAACCGUCUUGCUCGUUUCGGUACAAAACAGAGCAUUGGUUUGUUCUGCAACUGUGUUCUGCCUGCAGAGCUGAACGAGACGAAGGUGAGGCAGGUUAGGUCAAAAGAGGAGAAGGUUCCGGAAGCAGAAGAGAGGAAACAUAGGAGCAGGUCAAGUAGAUAUCCACCUGGACCUUCGCUUUCUUCGUCGGGGUCUUUAAACCGAAGCAGAAGAGGAGGAGGAGGAGGGGAGAGGAGAAGACAAUGUCUUCCUCCAUCACCACCUGUGAGUGCUUAGGUUUUAGAUUCUCCUAGUAAAAUCUUUUUUUGUUUCGUUAUUUGAUUCGGUUUGUAAUGGUUUCAAGAAGUUGUGUUUAUGUGAACCAAACAUUUUUAUUGAUGGCUAAUGGUAUAAGAUCUUUACAUCA